AUGACUUUUUAUAUCGCACUCGACGCCUAUAAGAAGUCAAGCGUUCCGGAUUUGACUUUCGAGAGUUCAUCGCCGGCAGUAGCAACCGAACCAGAGUAUGCCAUUUACGACGAUGCGCAUCGCAGUCAUGCCAAAAAUAUCCCGCAUUUACUAGGAUACAAGACACCAUCGGUUCCAAGGAGCCUUUUUUUGUACGAAGAAUGGAAUUCUUAA